CAUCGGGUUGCGGACAAAACGUUGUGUGUACAUGUUGUUGAAAGCCGACUCUUCAUGAUUUAGAAAACAAUACGUCUUAGUUUUGAUGUAUUAAGACAUAACGAAGAAUGGCAGAGUAUUUGGCAUCGAUUUUCGGGACAGAAAAAGACAAAGUAAAUUGUUCAUUUUAUUUUAAAAUCGGAGCCUGUCGACACGGAGAUCGGUGUUCACGAAUUCAUAACAAACCAACUUUUAGCCAGACCUGCUUGUUGCAAAAUCUUUACGUGAACCCACAGAAUUCAGCAAAGAGCGCAGAUGGUUCACAUUUGGUUGCAAAUGUGUCUGAUGAAGAGAUGCAAGAACAUUACGACAACUUCUUUGAAGAUGUCUUCGUCGAAUGUGAAGAUAAAUAUGGUGAAAUAGAAGAAAUGAACGUUUGUGACAAUCUUGGUGAUCACUUAGUUGGAAAUGUUUACAUCAAAUUUCGUAGAGAAGAAGAUGCAGAAAGAGCAGUGAAUGAUUUAAAUAAUAGAUGGUUCGGUGGAAGGCCAGUUUACGCUGAACUUUCUCCAGUUACUGAUUUCAGAGAAGCUUGUUGUCGUCAGUAUGAAAUGGGAGAAUGCACACGUUCAGGAUUUUGCAAUUUUAUGCACUUGAAGCCAAUUUCCCGCGAAUUACGACGCUAUUUGUACAGUCGUAAGAAGGGUGGUAAAGGCCGGUCAAGAUCACGUUCACGUUCCCGUGGUCGUGAUCGCAAGCGAAGAUCACGAUCGCGCGACAGGAGAUCUAGAUCUAAGGAUCGCCGAAAAGGAAGAGAGGAUAAAGGUAGAGAUGGACGAUCGGGAAGGUAUUAAUUAUAUUGUUUCUCAAUUGUAAUAUUUCUCCAUAAUAAAGCGGUUCAAAUUGAUUCUAUCAUUUUCUCGGUUGUUCUUAGAGAAUAUGUUUGUUUCCAAAUUUUCAUUCAUGAACCCUUUAUCAAAUGUAUUUUCUAUUCUUAAAUGUAUUCAAUUCUUUUAACAAGUGUGAAACAUAUGUACUGUAAAAAAAUGGAAUUCGACAUCUAUAUGUACAUACACGUAGUUCAUUCACGUAGAUUUCGGCCCAACAUACACUGCAUUCUGUCCAACGUACAUACAUAUAAACAAAUUCUGGCAGGCCUCUUGGACUCAUGAAUUUAUCAGAAUUUGUUAAUCCGUGUGUUCGAAUCGAGUGAGCUACGUGUACGUAAAAACUUUUAAAAUAUAUUUAUAAGAAAGUAAACUCGUUUAGUACGCAAUUAUUAUGGAAUUAAAUGUACGUUAUUUCUUUUCUCGUAUAAGUAAAAGUAUAUAUAAACCGAUAUCAAUAAUUUCCGUGUAAUUUAAAUUUAUGUAAUAGAUGUACUACACCUAGCGUACAAUGAA